AAAUUGUGUUUUGGAACCUUUAGGGAUGUUGGCUCUUGGAAUUUGCCCUUCUGGCUGGAUGAAAUUAAGCUGAGAAUAACAACUUCAGUUUUUGACUCCAGGCCCUCGCAAACAGUGAAGGGUUGAUGUGAAGCAUUUUGGUAUAUAUAAGCAUUCCGGCCUGAUGAGAGCUUGGUUGUGGGAUCGCCCUCCACACGCCCCUGUUCUUUUCAAGAUCAGCGAUCUUCUGGCAGGACCCAUUUUCUGCCUUUCCUGAGGUGCCCUGGGUCGAUCACACAUUUGAGAAGAUGGGCACCUUAAAUAUGAACUUGGAAAUUCACACAAACGAGAAGGAAGUAACAGAGAAGGAAGUCACUCUUCACUUGUUGCCAGGUGAACAGCUCCUUUGUGAAGCCAGCACGGUGCUGAAGUAUGUCCAGGAAGAUUCCUGUCAGCGUGGGAUCUAUGGGAAACUUGUCUGCACGGACUUCAAGAUUGCUUUCUUGGGCGAUGAUGACUCUGCAUUGGAUAAUGAUGAAACCCAAUUUAAGAAUAAGGUUAUAGGAGAAAAUGACAUAACACUCCACUGUGUUGAUCAGAUUUAUGGAGUGUUUGAUGAGAAAAAAAAAACUCUUUUUGGACAACUGAAGAAAUACCCCGAGAAACUCAUCAUCCACUGCAAAGACCUCCGAGUAUUCCACUUCUGUCUGAGGUACACAAAAGAAGAGGAAGUCAAAAGGAUUGUCAGUGGCAUAAUCCAUCACACCCAGGCUCCCAAACUGCUUAAGCGAUUGUUUCUGUUUUCCUAUGCUGCUGCUGCACAAAACCAUGCAGCCACUGAUCCCAGGAACCAUACGGUGAUGUUUGACACACUUAAGGACUGGUGUUGGGAAUUGGAGCGGACCAAAGGCAGUGUCAAGUACAAAGCAGUGAGUGUCAAUGAAGGCUAUAAAGUCUGUGAAAGAUUGCCAGCAUACUUUGUUGUCCCCACCCCUCUUCCCGAAGAGGAUUUGUCACGCUUUCAGGGUCACGGCAUACCAUUAUGGUGUUGGUCCUGCCACAAUGGAUGUGCCCUUUUGAAAAUGUCAGCACUGCCCAAAAAAGAACAGGAUGAUGGCCUUUCACAAAUGCAAAAGAGCUUCUUGGAUGGAAUCUAUAAGACCAUCCACAGGCCACCCUAUGAAAUUGUUAAAACUGAAGACCUGUCAAGCAACUUCCUGUCCCUGCAGGACAUCCAGACUGCCUACUCUAAAUUCAAACAGCUGUUUCUGAUAGAUAAUAGUACCGAAUUUUGGGACACAGAUAUAAAAUGGUUUUCUCUGUUGGAAAGUAGCAGCUGGCUUGACAUAAUCAGACGUUGCCUGAAAAAAGCAAUAGAGAUCACAGAAUGUCUAGAAGCACAAAACGUGAACGUUCUUCUUUUAGAGGAGAAUGCUUCCGACCUCUGCUGCCUCGUUUCCUCUCUGGUGCAAGUGAUGAUGGACCCCCACUGUAGAACCAGGAUUGGUUUCCAGAGCCUUGUCCAAAAGGAGUGGAUCAUGGGCGGGCACUCUUUCCUGGAUCGCUGCAACCAUCUACGUCAGAGUGACAAAGAGGAGGUUCCUGUGUUCCUGCUUUUCUUAGAUUGUGUCUGGCAGCUGGUGCACCAGCACCCCCCAGCAUUUGAUUUCACGGAGACUUACCUGACUGUGUUGUCAGAUAGCCUGUACAUACCUAUUUUUAGCACCUUCUUCUUCAAUUCGCCUCAUCAGAAAGAUAACGUGGGCAGGGAAAGCCAGGAUACACAAAGCAAGCCUUUGAAUCUGCUCACCGUGUGGGAUUGGUCUGUACAGUUUGAACCCAAAGCCCAGAUGUUGCUCAAAAACCCUCUUUAUGUGGAAAAGCCAAAACUGGACAAAGGCCAGCGGAAAGGAAUGCGUUUCAAACAUCAACGACAACUUUCUUUGCCACUCACCCAAUCUAAAUCAUCUCCCAAAAGAGGAUUUUUCAGGGAAGAAACCGAUCAUUUAAUUAAAAACCUUCUGGGCAAGAGAAUUAGCAAAUUAAUUAACUCUUCCGAUGAGCUACACGACAACUUUCGAGAGUUCUAUGACAGCUGGCACAGCAAACCCACUGACUACCACGGUCUGUUGUUGCCGCACAUUGAGGGGCCAGAAAUCAAAGUGUGGGCUCAGCGCUACUUGCGUUGGAUUCCAGAAGCCCAAAUCCUGGGCGGUGGCAGAGCGGCCACCGUGAGCAAACUCUUGGAAAUGAUGGAGGAAGUAGAGCGCUUACAAGAGAAAAUCGACGCGAGACCCCAUGGCCAGGGGGCGCUCCUGGCAGAGGCCCCCUUGUUGCUGAGGGGCUCUGCCCGCCUGUCGGCCCUGUUUCCUUUCGCUCUGCUGCAGCGACAUCCCUCUAAGCCGGUCUUGCCCACCAGCGGCUGGAAAGCUCUGGGUGAUGAAGAAGAUCUGGCCAAACGAGAAGACGAGUUUGUGGACCUAGGGGAUGUGUGACUCAUCCACUCAGUGAUGUGAAAGAGGAACGUUGAAGGUUGAGGCAGGAGUCCACCAUGUUUGAUCUCCGGAUUAGCGGCUCAUGCUUUACUGCUGUGGGGGUGGGGGGAGUGGGAGGCCUCAGGCAUUAGUCCAGGGCUCUGUAGGAGGAAGCUGGGAUCUUCAGGAAAAGAGCUGGUUCUCGUGGUUUUUUUUCUUUCUCCUGAAGACUAUGCAAUUAAAAUCAUAUCUCUAGUAUUAUUAAUUGGAAGGAGUUACUACUUGACCUAUAAAAGAACUGUGGCCAUUGUGCAUAAGUAUUAUAUAGAACCUGCAGUGGCUGGUUUACUACUAGAAAGGGCUUUGGUCAGACACUCCUGGACUCAAUGCUUUCUUCAGAUCUUUUUUGUGCCAAGAUAAUUUAUCCAGUCAUUGGGAAUUUAUCCAAUCUACCCAUCUUAGCUUGGAGAAAGUGCAGCUUUAUGUGAUGUGUGUAUGGCAAAUCGAAAGACUGACUUAGAGGUAUUAAGAUUAUGGCAUUCCUUUAAGCCAUAGUAUUUUUCCUUUCUGUGUCCUCUUGCCUGAGAAAAGCUGGGGAAAUUCCACCCAUAGCACCCAUCCUGACAUUUCCAACCAUCCCCCGUCCUGCAUAGACUGUGUCACUUCGUGUGGGGUUGGUGGGCUAGCCAAGCAGCCACACCGCCCUUUUGUGUGCUGACAGCUCCUGGUCUCUCUCUGCCCACUGGGCACCCCUCACUGCCGUCCCUCCAUGCUCCCCGCCACGGGGCAUGUAGUCCAGAAUCUUGCUGCUGAAUCUGUUGGUUAAACUGGGGGAAUCCCUUUGGUUUGCCUGAAGGAGCUUCCAUGCUUCUGGAGCCUCUCAGUGUUUGAAAGUAAUGGCUUUGCCUUUUUCUGACAGUGUGCUGAGGCUUGGGAACGCUUGUGACCUCCGCAGCAGCCCUCCCAGACAUGAGCAGGAUCAUUUUUGAACGUGGCUUUCAUAGGGAAGCAACUGAGCAUAAAUAUGAGAAGUGAUGGUUAUCAUAUAGUACCUCAAUGAUUUAAAAAGCCAUAGAAGAAACUUGACUAUGCCUGGUGACCUUCUUGAAUCUGCUGUCUAAAUGGUAUAUAUUUUGUAAUGCAGGAAAGUACACUUUGUAAGGACCAGUUUUUUCAUUCUCAGUAGAACCCUGUUAAAUCCCACAAAAGGAAGGUGGGGGAGGGGGGAACUAAUGUUAGAAUGUUUCAAAUAGAAUGUUUGCCUUUGAUAUACAUUUGCUAUCCAGGAUAGAUCCCAAUUUGAAUGUUACAUGUUUAGAAAAACUUCAGUUCUUUAAGGGCAAUAAGAAAUUUUGAAACUGUUGAUAAAGAAGUUUCUCAGUUUGCACUGAAUAUUGUCUUUCUGUUUGUACAAGAAAUUGCUUUGCUCUUCUCCCCUCUUCAUGUUGGCACAUGAGCCAUGUUGGUCAGUUAAAAUGACAGAGGUUGAGGAGAGGGCAGGAUUUGUGCAUUGGGGUCCAAACACAUGUCCGGUCUUGGUUGCCUUAAGUCUCACUAGUGAGUUCAGUGUUAGGCUUGCAGUAGGGAUUUUGCAAAUACACUAGUCUAUGAGCUACCUUAACAUACGUUCUUUGGGCCUUCUUAAACUAGCACUAACCUCCACUUCUCUGCCCCGUUGCCUCCCAGAUACACUAUGGAGCUAUUUUUGUUACCAUAUUAUAACACGAAUAUUUAUACAGUAGCCUCUUCAAUCUUAGAGUCUUAGUAAUUUUCAUUCCAAAAAUGCCCGGUGUGAUGCUUUACACUCCACAAAGUAUGGUUUAAAGGCACAAGGUCAUGGCCCUUGUCAUAGCAGUUGAAUGUGCAUUGAAGUAUUUUUCUAUGAUUUUUUAAAAAAAUUACAAUAGAAAAAUAAGCUGUUGUAACGUGAGGUCAUGACAAUUUAUGUAUUUAUAUUUGAAAUCAGAUUUCUAUAAACUUGUAUUUGUGUACAGAAUUCUUAGUGGGUUUAUAUAUUGUGACAUUUUUAUUCAAGAUUGAGAUAUGGAUUAUGCUUAACAGUAAAAACUGAAAUGAGACCAUUUACUUUGUUUAAAAUGCUGCACUGUGCAAGUUUGGAAAUGUACAUUAAUUUACUGUGUAUAAUAUCCUGAGUUUGUUUAUACCUCCAAGUUUUUACACUGAAGAUAAAUUAGCUUUAAUUACAUUAAAAACUUUUUUUUUUUUUUAAGGGAAUAAGCUGUUGGGCUAUAUCUGUAUAAAUGUGCUUUUUAUUUUCUGGAUGUAUGAAAGUUUAUACUUGUAUCUCACUGCAUCAUACCUGAUUGCAGAAAUUAAAGCACAAUUUACAAGCA